CGAAGGUUAUGAUUAGAUGACGGGUAAAGCAAAUUGCCUAACAGUCAAGACUAGCACGUAAGAAUUGUCAAACGUCUUCGGGGGCUAAAACCGCGUGCGCUUGUAAAAAUUCUGCUCGUAAUUGGAUUAGCGCCGCCCGCCCUGAACUUUCCCUUAUUCCACUGUUCCUUGCACCUGUGAAAUUACCAUGUUUCUGCUCAUAGAUUGCUCCAAAUGCCGGACCACAUUGCAGCUGCCUCCGGGGGCCCGAUCGAUCCGGUGCGCAAUUUGCCAGGCGGUGACUCAAGUCGCUGAUCCACGCGCCGUCCAUCCUCCGCCGGCUGCAAAUCACUGGCCGGAUUCGGCCCCCCCGCCCGCCACCUCUCCUUCUCCGUACAAUCACGCCCCUCCUGGCCCCCCUCCCAACGUGCACGGCCGGAAGAAAGCCUUGAUCGUCGGCAUAUCGUACAGGCACUCGAGACACGAGCUCAAGGGAUGUCUCAACGAUGCCAAGUGUAUGCGCUACCUUCUCAUAAACAAGUUUCAGUUCCCAGAAUCUUCUAUUCUUAUGCUCACAGAAGAGGAGACUGAUCCCUAUAGAAUCCCAACCAAAGCCAAUAUGCGACUAGCACUAUUUUGGCUUAUACAAGGAUGUCAACCUGGGGAUUCCUUGCUAUUUCACUAUUCUGGGCAUGGAUCGAGGCAAAGGAACUACAAUGGUGAUGAAGUUGAUGGAUACGAUGAAACAUUAUGCCCUUUGGACUUUGAAACUCAGGGAAUGAUAGUCGAUGAUGAAAUAAACGCAUCAAUCGUCAGGCCUCUUACUCCUGGGGUCAAGCUUCAUGCAAUAAUUGAUGCAUGUCACAGUGGGACUGUCCUGGACUUGCCAUUUCUGUGUAGAAUGAACAGGAACGGUCAAUAUAUGUGGGAAGACCAUCGUCCCCGUUCAGGUAUGAUGAAAGGAACAAGUGGAGGUGAAGCAAUUUCUUUCAGUGGUUGUGAUGAUGACCAAACCUCUGCUGAUACAUCUGCUCUAUCAAGAAUAACUUCAACUGGUGCCAUGACCUACUGCUUCAUUCAAGCUAUUGAGCGUGGGCAUGGAACCACUUAUGGUAGCAUAUUGAAUGCAAUGAGAAAAGCAAUCCGAGAAGCAGGUGGUGGUGGAGUAGGAGGUUCAGGAGGUGAUCUAGGUGGUGGCAUUGUCACAUCCCUCCUCUCCAUGCUUGUGACAGGCGGCAGUAGUAUUGGUGGAGGAUUUAGACAGGAACCGCAGUUGACUGCAUGCCGAACCUUCGAUGUCUAUUCAGAGCCUUUCUCCUUGUGAAACCAAACCCUUCUUUACCAUAUCACAUUAUUACCCUAUUCACUUAUAUGCAAUGUAGAUAUUGCUUGUUUAGGAAAUCAUUUUAUUGUUACUUUGACUAAUUAUGUUGUUGAAAAAAUGUGCUCAGUAAAUUCGUUCUUCUGUUAUCUCGAUUAAAUGUGUUGAUUAAAAAAAUGCAAAUGCUUUAUACCCCUAAAGUACCGUUGGCAAUUCAAGUUGUGCCUAGUAAAUUCGUUCUUCUAUUAUUGGAUUCGAAUGGUAUUAUAGCAUUUACCAAAAAAUGCAAGUGCACAUU